AUCAUCACUGUUCCACCUGGAUUUCCAAGACCAGCCGAAACGGUGGCUCUUCAUAGAACACACAGCUCGCCAGAGACAGAUUUCCAACAUCUCAACCAUUGCAGCGGCGUGUUGUUUUUGCGAAGCAGCCUAUAUUUCAAACGACCGGACCUCAACGAGAUUGAGCAGUCGCUACGCCACCUCCUCAGUCGCAUCAACCAACCUGGGCCCCGAAUUUUGGUGUUGGCGCCGCCAUGGCAGAACCCAGCAGCGAUAACGACGCCACCAUCACCUUCAAGGUGAAGAGCUCGAAUGACAAGACGCAUACCAUCACCAUGGCCGAAUCGGCCACCGUCAUGGAUCUCAAGACGAAGCUCGCCGGGAUUGAUUUCGAGGAUACGCCACCCGAGAGGCAGCGGCUUAUCUACUCCGGCCGCAUCAUGAAGGACGGCGAUGCCCUGAGCGUCUACAAGAUCAAGAACAUGAACACCAUUCACAUGGUCAAGAGCGCCCGCAGCAAUCCUACCCCAGCCUCUGCCAGCGCGUCGACCUCGACAUCUACUCCCGCCGUUCCCCAAAACAUGGCUGCCGGCUCUGAGGCCGGCGACCUUCUUACUGGCCUGACUGGGGCCCGCUUUGCCGGCCAUGCCAACUUACCAAGCGCAGACUUAUUUGGUGUAGACGGUGGGAUGGGCGCACCGCCAAACGAGGACCAGCUGGCCGAGAUGUUGUCGAACCCGGUGCUUGCGCAGAGCAUGAACGAGGCGCUUAACAAUCCCGCCUUCAUCGACUACAUGGUCCGGGCGAAUCCCGCGCUUGCGAGUAUGCCCAACGCCCGCGAGAUGCUCCAGUCGCCCUACUUCCGGGAAUUGAUGACCAACCCCGAGGCAAUUCGGAUGGCAGCGAGAAUGCGCCGGUUAAUGGAAGGAGGAGGGGGAGCGGCCGCUUUUCCGGCUCCCGGCGCCACGGAUACCACACCUGCCGGUGCACCAGGAACCGCCGGGUCCGCAGCGACGGCUACCGACAACAACAAUCUCGACUCGCUCCGGGCCCUGGCCGACUCCCUAGAUGCGGACAGCAACGCGUUGAGGAACCAACUCACCCCUCUCCUAGGCAUGCUACGUAGCUUCCCACCGAGCGCUCCCUCGGCCGGAACAGGAGCCGCUGGCCAAGCAGCCGCAGCUCCAGGCCAGGCUGCCGCUCCGUCCGGAACUAGCGCUGGAUUAAGUGGCAACGCCAGCCAGCCGCCGAAUCCUUUUGCUGCAUUGCUCGGCUUGGGCGCACCAAGAGCCGCCCAGGGUGCUCAGGCCAACAACCCCUUUGGACUGCCACCUAUGUCGCCCGAAGCCAUGCAGCAACUCGCGCAAUUGUGGGGCUCGGGAGCCGGACUGGGUUCGCCAGCGGCGGCUGCUGCGCCGGUCGACAACCGGCCCCCAGAGGAGCGUUACGCUGAGCAGCUGCGCCAACUCAAUGACAUGGGCUUCUUCGAUUUUGAGAGGAACGUGACCGCGCUGCGCCGUAGCGGGGGCAGCGUCCAGGGAGCCGUUGAGUAUCUGCUUUCGAACACAUGAGAUACGUCCUGAAGGGCUCAUAAGGGAUCGGUAGAUUGAGGAGGGGCGAGUUGUGGAUUUUGCGCAGGCGGGGUUUUCCAUGAGGCAAGAGCCAAAGGAACGUGAGGCAGAACUAAAUCAGCGAUGCAUGUGUAUGGAGGCCUCUUCCUUCGCUCGGUUUUUACGUGAUAAUCUGUCUGUUCCUCGUGCCGAGGAGGUUGUCACAGCUCAUUGUGUACGGUUUAAUUUGUCAAAGAAGCAGCCCCGAGAUUCAGGUUUGCCUUGAUAGAUCACACUGCUAUGAGAUUCGAUAUCUCAGUCAACGAAGCGGAAACCGUAUCCGUAAACAGCUCAGGGUUGCCUCAGCCUGUCUUACUCCGGAAUUCACGUGUCAGGGAGGUAGAUUUUCGCCGGCCAGGAUGAU